AUGGCCAUACUUGAUCAUUCUACAGUCCAAAGCCAAAACCAAAACCAAAACCAAACCCAAACCCAAGAUGCUACCAUUCAAGGAACUCAUGAAGUAACUGUGGUCAUGGUUCCCUUUCCAGCACAAGGUCAUCUCAACCAACUCCUCCAUCUAUCCCGCCUCAUCUCCUCCUAUAAUAUACCCGUUCACUACGUUAGCACGGCCACUCAUACUCGUCAGGCAAAGUUUCGCGUCCAAGGUUGGGAUCCUCUUGCCAUUUCCAACAUCCAUUUCCAUGAAUUUUCAGUCCCUUCUUAUGAAAACCCUCCUCCCAACCCAAAUGCCCCAACAAAAUUUCCCACACAACUCAUCCCAGCAACACAUGCAUCGUUCAAACUCCGCGAGCCAGUUUAUGCACUUCUGCAACAACUUUCAACCACAACCAGGAGAUUGGUAGUGAUUCAUGACUCUCUCUUUCCAUAUGUCAUACAGGAUGUGGGUUUAAUCCCGAAUGCAGAGUCCUACUGCUUUGAGAGCAUCUCAACCUUCACUAUCUACACAAUUGUUUGGGAAGAUGAAGGGAAACCUGGACUAUCCGAGCCUGAACUACUCGAAUUACUUGAAGAUAUUCCGUCACUGGAAAGUUGCUUCCACCCAGCGCUGAUAGACCUUGAAAAUUUGCAAAAGAACACCAAGCCAAUCAGCUCUGGCGACCUAUAUAAUACAUGUAGAGCUAUCGAGGGUCCAUACCUUGAUCUCCUUGCAAAAGCCAAAACAGCCGAUUCCAACAAGCAAUGGGCUAUUGGUCCAUUCAAUCCAGUUGAGACAAACGACCAGAAAAACUCGAAAAAGAGACACUAUUGCCUGGAUUGGCUUGACAAACAAGCCACAAACUCAGUCAUUUUCGUUUCCUUUGGUUCAACAACUUCACUAUCAGACGAAGAAGCCGAGGAGAUCGCAAGUGGAUUAGAGCAAAGCGGGCAAAAAUUCAUAUGGGUACUCAGGGAUGCAGAUAAAGGAGAUGUCUUCCAGGGAGAAGUUAGGAGAGCUCAAUUGCCUGAAGGAUUCGAAGAGAGAACUGAAGGAAGUGGAAUAGUUGUGAGGGAUUGGGCCCCCCAACUGGAGAUUCUUGGACAUACAUCAACAGGUGGAUUCAUGAGUCAUUGCGGAUGGAACUCGUGCAUGGAAAGCAUUAGCAUGGGAGUACCCGUGGCUGCAUGGCCUAUGCAUUCUGACCAGCCCAGAAAUGCGGUACUGCUGGAAAAGGUGCUCAAGAUUGGCCUAUUAGUAAGGGAUUGGUCGAAGAAAGAUGAACUUGUGACAUCCAUGACUGUUGAAAACGCUGUGAGAAGACUAAUGGAUUCAGCCGAAGGAGAAAAGAUGAGGCAAACGGCAAAGGAACUGAGCAAAGCUGUGAAGGGUUCUGUUAUGGAAGGUGGUGCUAGUCGCUUGGAGAUGGAUUCUUUCAUUGCUCAUAUUCGGAGAUGAUUUUUUUUUUUUUAGUCAUAUA